AUGGGAACUGCUGAUUAUUUUAGUGAAGUUACGGCACUAGACCUCUGCGCUUCUCGUCAGAUCGAAUCUCUCACCCGGAGUGGUUGCCCUAUCGUUGAUGGAUGCACAACGGUUUUGGCAGAUGUCUUGAAUGAGGUAGCGGAAAUACGCAAUGAAGCUGCUGAAAAGAUCUUCCCCCCGCUUUUGCUUUACGAGAGCGAUGUCUCGGACAGUGCCGAUCAGUGUCAUGCAGUUCGUGAUAUGGCAGCGUUUUUGCCAGUACUUUUGGAUCUCUCUAGUUUCCUGGCCAGAACCAGCUCGGUUUUUCGCAAUCUGCUAUUCCAGAUAAGAGGAUUCCAUGGUUUGGAGUCGAAGGACUUGCCAGAAGCUCCAGAUCGAAAUCUAUUCCGAGCUUGGUUCGGUCUUGGUGAAUUAUUGACGAUCCUUCUCCAAACGGACAAAAUUAUUGAAUGCCGUCCAGCGAUCCGAAAUGAUUGGAACAGUUACUCACGAGCAAUCGGUACUGCUCAACAUAAUCCAGCUCAGUUUGGAGUAACAUUCGAUGAAAUUCGUCCACUUAUCAGCACUAUCGCUACUAUUGAUUGUCAGGUUAUGGCUGGAAACGGUCUCCGUAAUUGCUAUGAACAAAGCUAUGGAGAGUUGGAUGAGGACAAAAAAUUUGCUGCACGUAUGCGAGCCGCAAUCAUUGAGAUUUAUAAUCAAUGGGAAAAAGCAGCAGAUAGCGACAUGCCGGACAAGUACCGAUUGAUGGUUAUUGUGUCGUUGUUUGUUUUUCAUCAACUACAUUUCGCCCUCAAUGACAACAAAUUAGGAAGGAUUAUAUGGAAAAGUCACAAGAAGAUUAUGGCCUUCCAUAUGAUUGGAGAUAUUCUAUGGAUUCCUUGUGAAUUUUUGAUGAGAGAAGUACCAGCGAUUGUGAACGCUGUCGAUAAGAAAAGCGUACAACUCGUCAAGCAUGUCAGAGAAACCCUAAUGGCUGAACAAAGCGAUGCCAUGCUUGAGGAAGCCAUGUCUUAUGUGCCGGCAGCUGAAGAUUGGCAGACAAAGAUGAGAGCAGAGGUACGACGUCAGGAACCUCGGGAUGCCGCUGCAAGCCUUGGUGUUGUGGAGCUAAUUUUGAAGGGUGCACGAAUAGCAGAUGUAAUGUGCAGUCUGUUACGAAUCGUGCUCAACUCGUACACGGGACCCAUUCGAAUGUCAAAAACGAAAGCGUACAAGAUGUUCAAUAUCAUAGAAAACAUAAAGGCAAUUUCACAUACAUUUGCCGAAAGCCGUAGAAUGUUACUGGAAUGCUGCCAGAUGGCUUGCCUUCAGUGGCGAUGCCAUUCGCUAGCACUAAUCGAUCGUGUUCGUCUAUCAGCUCGAGAAUCUGGAGAUGUUCAUCGUGCGGCUGCUUUCCAAAUCGCCAUUCAGUGCUUACUCGGAAGCGAAUCCCGAUGUCGUCUGUGUGUCUGUGGAGUGGCACUGGAAAUCGCUCAAUAUAAGGACUCAAUGCGGAAAGUGGAUUCAGCCCAAUUGGAUGCGUUACUUUCCCGAUUGGAUACAUUUUGUAAAAUUGACUCCAUCAUUGAGCGAUUAUCUAGGUGCAACCAACUGUACUUCGCCAUGGCUGUUUCGGACUGUAUUCGCUAUGUGAAGAAGUCCCAAAGUGAUAUUCAACUGGAACAUUUUCGAAGGGAAAUGUUCGAUCUGAUCAAGAAGGGAUUCCUCUAUCCCCUUUGUGCUGCGAUUGAAAACGAUCUCAGAAUUCUAUCGCAUCAACAUCUGGUCAUCGAUGAAAGAGAUAAGCCUACUGAAGAACAGCUCGAAUUCUACAAGGAAAUAUUGACUGAUCCCGAAGUUCGACUACAUGGCGAAGUUCUGAAUAUCAGCGAGUUCGUUUCCUGCUACCUUCAGAAGACCUUCUAUGACCUGACCGCGGUAACUUUACACGAUCGCCAUGCGUACAGUAGAAUGGCCACCCUUGCCGAACAACGGUAUGGCUUGAGUCUCAUUGAUGGAAUGCUACCGAAUUGUUCCAUUGGCCAAAGUCUGGAUGUAGUAAAAGUGAUGCGAUCGCUUGGAGAGUUUGUCAGCAACUUCAAUUAUUGUCUAAAUCAACAGCUGUUCAUCGAAAAGGUUUCUCCGAAUCGAACACUUCGCGUUCUGACUGCCGAACACAUGGCCGAUUCCAUGAGAACACAAGGCCUCGGGGUACUGAACACCAGCGUUAACAUCACCUAUCAGUUACUACGCAGCAAAUUCGGAAUUUUCAAUCAGUUCCUACGAGACGAACAUAUUCAUGCGCAACUUCAAAAAGAUAUUCGCUAUUUCCAUGAAAAUCUACAGCCUCUCAAGAAACUGAUGGGUAAUGCAUUGGGCUUUGUACGGUCAAUGUCUUCGGGAGCGGCAGCGGUUGCCAGUCAAAUGAAAGCCUAUGACACCAUUGAAGAUGACAUCACGUGCUCCGACAUGGAAGACGAUUCCCCACUGAAUACGGCCAAGAAACUUCUUCAAGAAUUACGCGAGCAGGCCAAUAAGAACAGGGAUUUUACGAAGAUGUUGGUGGAAGUAUUUCGUAGUGCAUUCCUGGAUGAUUCGAAAUUCAGUCAUCUACUCGAUUUCUAUGUGGCUGUACCAGCUCUAAUGGUGAACUAUGUGGAGCACAUGCUGAUCUGUAGAGAUCGACUGAAGAAACGUGCUCAGCUGCAUAAAGAGAUCACCUUUACUGACGACGGUUUUAUCAUGGGUAUGGCCUACUCUUUACUGUUUCUACUGAAUUCUUUUCAACAUGUAUUGGAAUUGAGCUGUUCAGAAAAUCUCUCUCAUUUAUAA